GUGCUGCAGGGCUGCUGGCCGGGAGCUGCUAAGUUGCUCAGAGCUGAGAAGGGGACACCAUGGAGAAAGCAGCGAGCAAUUGCUUACUUGACAUACUUGAAGACCUGACAAAGGACGAACUCAAGAAAUUCAAGUUCAAACUGAACAAAUUUAAGCUGAAGGACGGCUAUAACAAUAUCCCCAUGAGUGCAUUAGAAAAAGCAUCAGCUGUGGAAAUAACUCAAGCCCUACUCAGCUACUAUGGAGAAGACUAUGGGCGGGAAGUGGAUGUGCUGAAAUCCAUCAACAGGAGAGAUCUGGUGGGGAAACUCUCUGUGACAAGACCUGAUGGUUUAACUCUCAUGCCAGAACCUCAGCAAGCCCCGAACGCAGGGGACAAAGACCUUCCCAAAGGAAGAGAGAAUGAGAACCCAGAGCAGGCAACAGCCAGGGCCACAGAGACUCCUGAAAGGGAAGCAGAAGAUGAAGCCUCGUGUCCAAUUUGCCUGGGUUACUUUACUGACCCAGUGGCGAUAGACUGUGGGCACAGCUGCUGCAAAGUCUGCAUCACUACCUACUGUGACACAUGGGAACAGGGAAAUCAUGGCCCGUUGUGCUGUCCCAUCUGCAGAGCAGAGAUUGGGAAAGUGAAUUUCAGGCGUAACUGGCAGCUGGCUGAUCUAGUGGAACAUGUUAAACAAUUACGACUGAAACCGGGGAGAGAGGAAAAGGAGAAUCUGUGUGCGAGACACCGGGAGAAGCUCAGUCUGUUCUGUGAAGACGAUGGGGAAUUCCUCUGUGUGGAGUGUGACAAGUCCCCAGAGCACAAAGCACACACAGUGGUGCUCAUUAAGGAGGCUGCCCAAAAAUAUAAGGGACAAAUUUGUGUCCAUCUGAACAAUAUGGAUAAGAAGAAAGAAGGUAUUCUGAAAAUGAAAUGUAAUGAAGAAAAACAGAGCCAGGAACAGCAGCAAGAGACACAAACCGUGAAGGAGAAAAUCAUGUCAGAGUUUGGGAAACUGGAGAAGAUUUUGCAGGAAGAAAGGCAGCCUUUGCUGGCCCAGCUGGAAGAGCUGAACAGGGACAUUGCAAAGAGAGGGAAGGAGAAUGUUACCAAGCUCCUGGAGGAGAUUUCGUUUUUCAGUGACCGGAUAAGGGAGUUACGAGAGAAACGUCGGCAGCCACCGAGUGAAUUCCUGCAGCUUUCUGUACUCGGAACAUUUACUUUGUUUUCACUGGUAUUUGCAGAGGGAAGUGAAGCAGCCCAAGACGUUCUGUCCAGACUAAACCUGGAGCAGCACAGACACAGGAAGAUCAGGCUGAGGGACGUCCUGGAGAUCUGCCCAGAAAGCAUAAAGCCCAGGGUUCCAGAGGCAUUAGGGGAUUUACCGUGGCAUUUCCUGAGGAAGCUCAUGGCUCUGAAUGGCACGGCCAGGAACACGAGCCUUGGGCAUGAGGCACCUGCUGAGGAAAAGGGUGAUGAAGAGGAGCUGUGGAUUGAUGACAAUUUCUGUAUUAAUGAUGCUGAGAUGAAAGUUUCCCUGCACCCCCUGGACGUUCUCUGCGCCGUGCUGCUUUGCUCAGACAGUUUCCUGCAGCAGGAGAUCCUGUCCAGAAUGUCCAUGUGCCAGUUUGCCCUGCCUCUGCUGCUGCCCGCCCUCGACUCCCCCAGGUGCACCCUGCUGCUGUGGGCCAUGCGGGACAUUGUGAGGAGGUGGCGGCCGCACUCCCUGGCACAGAGCCGAGGGUUCAGGGAGGAGAGCCUGGUGCUCACCCCAAUGCCAACCGUCUCCUUUGUGCGGCUGGGCAGCUGCAGCUUCUCCAAGUCCCAGCUCCUCAACGAGGUUCUCAGCCCCGCCCAGCAGCACCACGACUUGUUUGUGCAUCGGGAUAUGGAGUCUGGGAACGUCCGGCGGGAAAUCGCUGACGGGCUGGUCGAGAUUGCCUGGUACUUCCCUGCCGGGUGGGAGAAUUCGGAUCUUUUCCCUGAGCCCGUCGCGAUUACAAACCUGCGCGGGGACAGGUUCAGCUUUUUAACACAGAUCUCCUCAGCGGUGUUCAUCAUCACUGAGAGCAUCAGUGAGCGAGGAUACGCCCUGCUCUCCUCUCUGAAAGAGUCAACUGCUAAAUAUUACUUCAUCCUCAACUGCAAGAGUGAGAUACCCAAAGAAACCCUUAGUCAGCUGGCCCCUGUGCUGAAGCUGAGCAAAUCACAAUUACUGGUGAAAAACAACAGCAUCAAUAAUGCAGGAUUUGUGAAAAAGAUUCAGUCCACUAUGAGAAAUAUAGUGAACUCCUCUCCCAGGACAGUGAGUUUGGAAGCCAUGGCCGUGAUGACUCGUGAGCUAGGAAUGCAGGUGGACGAGGACUCUCAGGAAUGUCAGCAUGCGAGGAAACGUGCUGAAGAAAUCACUGCAGAAAUAAGAGACGUCGCAAAAUACAAAAGGGAAAAUCUGAGACUCCAGAGAGAUCCAUGGAGAAACUUGGGUAAAGUGGAGAAAGAGCUGUGCCGAAUGCAAAGGCAAGGGGACAAGGCCACUGAAGACUAUAAGUCUGAGCUGAAACGGAAAUGGCUAGAGAUCCGCAGACAGCAGUAUGAGUGUGACCUUACUGGUGGUCUGAUCAAGUUUAUCAUGGAAAUAGGAGAGUUGUCUCCAAUGGAGAAACAUUACUUCCUGAAGUGGAUGAAAUUUAGCCUGGAUAACACUGCUAGGGAAAGUCUUUCUAAGAUGCGUGCGGAGUAUAAAAAGAAAUGUGAAACUCCAGGAGCAGACCGAAAACAGCUGGAAGAAUUAGAUCAAUUAAUAUCUGAAAGCUCCCUCGGGGUGGAGCAUUUCAUGCGCGAGCUGGGGCAGUUCUAUGAGGCUGAAAAUGCAAUUGCUAAAGAAGACAAAAUGGCAGAAAGCCAAAGACAAUUCAUCCAUAUCCCAGGUAUUGUGGCUGAGCUGAUGCUGGAAGGGUUUCCCGUGGAGCUGAUUGAUGGAGAUGCCUCCAACAUCCCGCUGCAGUGGGUGACCGAUGUUCUGACUCAGCUACACGCCAAGCUCGGGGAAAGGUCCAGGAUGCUGGUUGUAACGGUGCUGGGAGUGCAGAGCACUGGGAAAUCCACCCUCCUCAACACCAUGUUUGGCCUGCAGCUUGCAGUGAGCAGCGGCCGAUGUACGCGAGGAGCCUUCAUGACGCUCAUUAAAGUUACAGAAGCUGUUCAGAAGCUAAGUGGCUGCGAUUUCAUCCUGGUGAUCGACACCGAAGGUCUGAAGGCCCCUGAACUAACAGCUUUGGAGGACAGUUACCAACAUGACAAUGAGCUGGCCACUGUGGUCAUAGGACUGAGCGAUAUCACCAUUGUUAACAUGGCCAUGGAGAACGCCACCGAAAUGAAGGACGUUCUGCAAAUCGCGGUCCAUGCCUUCCUCAGGAUGGAGAAACUAGGACAAAAGCCAAAUUGCCAGUUUGUGCAUCAGAAUGUCAGUGAUGUGUCUGCGCAUGAGCAGAACAUGAGGGACCGGAAACACCUCCUGGAGCAGCUGAAUGAAAUGACCAGGGCUGCAGCCAGGAUGGAAUAACAAAGCAGGGCAAUAACAUUUUCUGAUAUCAUGCAGUACGACCCAGAAAAACACAACUGGUACAUCCCUGGGCUGUGGCAUGGAGUCCCGCCCAUGGCCCCAGUGAACGCUGGAUACAGUGAGAGUGUGUGUGAGCUAAAGAAAUACCUGUUUGAAUUCAUAGAGAACCUUUCACAAAACAGAACUGCCAAGAGUAUUCCUGAUUUUAUUGAAUGGCUGAAGAGCCUGUGGAACUCAGUGAAACAUGAAAACUUUAUCUUCAGCUUCAGAAACAGCCUUGUAGCCGAAGCCUAUAACCUGCUGGCUAUGAAAUAUUCUGAGUGGGAAUGGGGGUUCCGCAAGCAGAUGCAUCUCUGGAUAUCCGAAAAAGAAACUUUCAUCCAGAAUCAGCUGCCAGACAAACUAGAGGGCGACCUCUUAGACACCUUAAAAAUUGAGGCACAGAAGAAACUACAGCAGGAAGAACAGCAGCUCUUGGAUCAUUUAGAACAGUAUUUUAAAGGUGAAGCUGCAAAUCUGAACCUGAUAGAAAAGUACAAGGAAGAUUUCAAAAGGAGCGCAAGUAGCCUCAAAAAAGAACUUGAAGGUGUCUCAAUCAGUAAAUGUGAGGAAGCCAUUCGAAUCCGAAGGGGACAGCACAAGAUAGGCACUAUCCUGUCCACGUACAAACAGACAAUUGAAGGGAAAGUUGACAGGCUGGUGGCCGAAUGCCGGAACAGAAAACAGAAGCUAGACGAUAAGAAACUGAAAACUGAAUUUGAAAAGAUGUGGAAAGAAACCUUGUCUGAGUUAAAGCUCAGUCGUUUGCAGAGACGUCAAGUUGUUCAAGACCUGGAUUUCCAGCUAAGAAAAGAUCUGGAGAACCGAGGGUGUGUUGUCAGGCAGAAGCUACAAGAAGUAGUAAGCCUGCUAAAUUACCGGAUGGAAUCUUUCAGAAUUAGAAAAGACCAGAAUUGGUACAGUAAAAUCUUAGCAUAUUUCACAAAGGAUUGUUACAGUGAAAUUGAAGCGCUUGCUGUAUCUUUAAUGAAGAAAUGCAAGAAGUACAUUGAAGAAAAAGUUAAAUCUAAAACAGACUAUCAUGAAACCUAUUGCGGAGAGCUGCUGCGUAUGCUUAAUGAGAGGCUAAGACAGGAGGAUGUUCAGAAACUUCUCACUACCCCUCAUUUUGAAGUUUACCUGAAGCUUCACAUUUUGGGGGAAGCAGCUCAUUCAUUUCAGAAGAUGCAUGAAGAUUUCAUCCAAGAAAAUGACCCUCAGCAAUGUCUGGAGAAGCUGAAACCUCAGUAUUUCAAGACUUUUAAAGCCCUUUACUGGGAAAAGGAUGGGAGCCAAACACUGGCCAGGGAUUUCUGUGAUCAGUGUCUCAAACCUGCCCUGGUAGAACAUGUGAACAAGAUUCUCGGGGUGCAAAUAGUGGAUGACGUUGUCAGCAGCGAGCAAUCUAUUACCUAUAGCAGCCGCGGCUUUUUUCAGUUUAACCUACUGAAGGAGUUGUUGGAGAAGGAGAACUUUGACAGCUACGUUGACUACAUUAUUACAUAUGAAGAGUUUGUCAAAACCUGGAUAAGAACACAACUUUUAAAGCACUACAGCAAGACGGCAGCCUUGGGAGACAUGGAGAAAAAAAUUCUGUCCUCAAUGAUAGAUAAAGUCAGGAAGGCUCUCCAGAGCAGCAGUGCUACAAAGAACACCACAAUCUCUGACUUUUUAGAUUCUGUUUGCAAAGAGCUGCAGAAGGACCUAGUCAUUUCCAGGGAUAAUUUAGUGGGAAUACGGUUUCUAAAUGUCAAUAGUUCUAAACAGUUUUCUGAUUUCAUCCCAAAUUUUCUUCCUGAUCUGAAAAAACAAAUCUUAGCUGAGCUGAAAAGUACAGACAUUGAGUCAAAACUCUCCCAUCUGUCGGUGAAGCCUGAGGCUGAAAUGUUCAAGCGAGUGUUCGGCUGUGGGAAGCAGUGUCCGUUCUGUAAGGUCCCCUGUGAGGCAGGAGCCCCUGGUCAUAAGGAGCACUUUGCAUCAGUGCAUCGGCCUCAAGGAUUGGGGCAAUAUAGGAGUUCACGUACCGAAAAGCUUGCCUAUGACAUGUGCUCGUCUGAUGUGGUCGGCAAUGGUACAUUCCAGAAUUCAGACACAGAAGGGAAACGUCAUCCCUACAAAGAGUACCGUGACUAUUACCCGGACUGGAACAUUCAGCCAGAUCCCAGCAUAGAAGCUUCCAGUUACUGGAAGUUUGUUUUUCACAAGUUCAAUCACCAGUUUGCUGAAGAGUAUGAAGACUGGGGCACCAUAACUAAGAAGCAGGCACUGGAGAGCAUCAAGCAAGUUUUUAACAUGAAAUAA